UGGAAGUGGGGUAGAGGUGAAGGCAGGCGGUAAGGCGGGCGGCGAGCCGGGCGGGCGGGCGGGCAGGCAGGAGGGCGAGGAGCCGGCUGAGGCGGCGGCGGCGGGCCCGUCCAGGCUAAGAUCAGCAUCAUGGAAAAGCAAGUGCUUGAAUCCUCUGAGGAGCGAACGUUUCAGUACCAAGAUUCUCUGCCUUCCCUGCCAGUACCUCCUCUUGAUGAAUCUUUAAGCAAAUACCUUGAUGCAGUGAAGCCAUUUCUAAAUCAAGAAGAAUAUCAAAGAACUGAGGAUAUAGUUAAAAAAUUUGAAAGUGGGAUUGGGAAAGAGUUGCAUCAGAAAUUACUGGAAAGAGCUAAAACGAGAAGGAAUUGGCUGGAGGACUGGUGGCUGAAUGUUGCUUAUCUUGAUCUUCGCAUAUCAACGCAAAUACACUGUAAUAUUGGAGGCCCCGGUCCCUAUAUUGAACACUGCUGGCCACCAAAAGAGGGCACUCAGAUAGAAAGAGCAUGUGUAAAUAUAUGGCACACCCUGAAAUACUGGGAUCUAUUACGAGCAGAGAAGGUGGCUGUAGAGAGAUCUGGGAAUGCUGUUCUGGACAUGAGCCAAUUUCGAAUGCUCUUCUGCACUUGUAAAAUUCCUGGAGUUACCAGAGACUCAAUCGGCAGUUAUUUUAAAACUGAGACUGAAGGUGAAUGCCCAUCUCACUUAAUUGUCCUGUGUCGAGGUCGAGUGUUUGCAUUUGAUGCUAUACACGAAGGCAGUAUGGUGACUCCUCCAGAGAUUUUCAGGCAACUUGCAUAUAUACAGAAAAGAUGUCAUAGUGAACCAGAUGGACCAGGACUGGCAGCCCUAACAAGCAGUGAAAGGACAAAAUGGGCAGAGUUACGUGAAUAUUUGAUUGAUCUUGAUCCAAAGAACUUAACUCUUCUGGAAAAAAUUCAGAGAAGUUUGUUUGUGGUCUGCCUUGAUGAUUCUAGUCCCCAUGCAACUCCUGAGGACUACACUGAGGUUGCAAGGCUGGGGCUAACAGGUGAUCCGACUGUACGCUGGGGAGAUAAAUCCUACAAUAGCAUAUUCUUUUCCAAUGGAACCUGUAGCGCAUUCUGUGAUCAUUCUCCUUUAGAUGCCAUGGCUUUAAUUACCAUGUUUUCUUAUGCUGAAAAGAAGAUUAUUGAAAAUGAGGGAAAAUGGAAGGGAUCAGAUAAAGUGAGGGAUAUUCCAUGGCCAGAAGAACUUGUAUUCACAGUGGAUCAAAAAAUUAUAAAUGAAAUUGGACAUGCUAAAGAGCUGUAUUACAAAAAGGUAUCUGACUUGCAGCUAGUGAGUUAUGCCUUUACAUCCUUUGGCAAAGCAUUGGUGAAAAAGAAGAAACUUCAUCCCGAUACAUUUGUGCAGCUUGCCCUUCAGCUUGCUUAUUACAAAUGCCAUGGACGACCGGGCUGCUGUUAUGAAACUGCCAUGACCAGGCGUUUCUAUCAUGGCCGUACAGAGACUAUAAGACCAUGUACUGUGGAAGCACUGGAAUGGUGCAAGUCCAUGCUGGAUCCUUCUGAAAGUGCUUACCAACGACUACAGCUGAUGCAGAAGGCAUUUGCAAAGCACAAUAAAAUGAGGAAAGAAUGUGAGAAUGGAAAAGGCUUUGAUCGUCAUCUUCUGGGUCUCCUACUCAUAGCACAGGAGCAAGGACUGCCGGUGCCAGAACUUUACGUGGAUCAUGCCUUCACAGCUAGUGGAGGAGGUGGGAAUUUUGUUCUUUCAACUAGUCUGACUGGCUACACUAGGUUUUGUGGAUCUGCACUCCCUAUGGUAGAUCAUGGCUAUGGCUUUUUUUAUUCAAUCAGAGAUGACAGUUUUUGGAGUUUUGAGAGAGAUCAGAGAUUAUUAUUUGUUUUACAGAAACAACUGCAUCCUCAGCUAACACUGAACCAGUCUCUUUGCCCUCUGGAAGCUCUGUUGCAUACUUUUUUCCACAGUAGCAAGAACAGUUUCCCUUUUUAUAUCCUUCCUCAAGGCCUGACACUUCUCUGAAUAACAGGCCAGAGUGGGUUAACUUGUGUCUUGUUGCCGCAGAAAACAGUCUCAUUAUUUCAGCCUUUGUCUUCCCUGCCUUUAUUGGACUACUUCUAUGUCCUGUCUCAAUUAAAUCUGACAACUAUUCAUUGUUUAAUGGUUGAUGUCUUCUGAAACUCAUAAAGAGUAAGAAUCCAUUGCUGUUCUGGAGUGCUUAUAACGCACUCUCUUUCUCGGAGGUAAAUGACUUUCUGAAAUCUCUCAGUUAGUAAAGCAUGUGUCUUUAUGAUGCUGUGAUUUCUGUGAGAUAGAUUAAGAUUUUGGAUCAAGCUAUGCCUGAUGGUUUUUAUUCUAAGUUCUGUCUGACAGUUACAACCUUUCACCCCUCAGUUGGGUUAGUAAACCUGGUUGCAACAGUGACAAGUACAGUUAGCUUUGAACACUCAUUUAAAACAGCCUGAAAUCUGAUGAAGGGUGUAAUUUUAUAUAUAUUUGCAUUUAUUUUCCACACACCUACCCCUCUCUUGGGAUUUCUGGGAGUGUAGAAAUCUUGGCAGAAGUAUGGAAAAAGGAAGACUAUUUCAGCAAGUUUAUUAUUGAGAAAACAUCAUUCCAUCACUGGCGUAAGCAGAAUUUCCUGUUCAGCUGGGACAGUCUGUGCCCUGCCUAGAGGAACUGAAGACAGAAGCGUAUCCAGAAAGAACAAAAUUAAAUUCUCUGAGUUGUUCGAGCUAUUUGUUAGGUGAUGUGGAUGCAUGAAUUCAUGAGCGUGGUGUUAAUUUCCUUGUAAGGAGUAAAGCAUUUUUGAUUCAUAGUUGUUCUA